AUGGCGCAUGGCCUUGAUCGCUCGCGCUUGCGCGAGGCCCAAGGCUCGGUGUGCAAACAGCAAGACUUGCCUGCAGCUCAGGAGAUCUUUGGACAGCUGGUCUCUGACCAUGUGCCACAGGACCGCGUCGAUGAGUUCACAUUUCUUGGGCCCACUGCAGAGGAGGUGCGGGUCUUCAACUGGAACAUCAUGGGUCGGGCCCUUUGCAGGACCUCGGCGGGGGAGGCGGUCACCAACAAUGGCCUGGACCUCGAUGAAAGCGUGGAAGACUACAUCAGGAGACUUCAGGAGAAGGUCGCCCCACGGCUGAGCGCGUGGAUUCGGACUGGGUCGGUCCGAUGGGUGGCUUGCCUUCAAGAGGCGCCCAACCAUCGGCACCUGCGCAGAGACUUCCUGCAAGAGGUGCAAGCAGGAGUGCCUGACACCGUCCAGCUGCAGUCGGCGGAUCUCGCCGCGACGGCCUUUACCUGCACGAUGACGUUGUGGGAUGCAGCUACCUGGGAGCUCCAACACUGCGCCCAUGGCGGUGCUGAGGUGCUUUGCACGGUGCUGGCGGAGGAGCGUGAGGAUCCAAGGCGACGGAGCUUGCGUGUUCUCAACUGUCACUUCCCCUUGGAAACGGACCAGACGGCUGCUAUCGCACACGUCGGGGAGCUCCUGUCCGAGUCACCGGCUUCUUCGGCUUCUGGGGAGGUCGGCCCAGCUCAGUACGACUCCAUCGGGGCUCAACAGCUGGUGCUGGUGCUGGGAGAUCUCAAGUUGGAUUUGGGCCACGAAGGUGCCAAUCAAGCGCUGAUGGAUGGCUACAGGGCCGGAACAGCCAGCGAGGAGGCGACUUUGGCCUCUGGCUUUGUGCCAGGUUCCGCGGUCUAUGACUGGACGCGAGUCACUUGCGAUGGGGCUGUGCUGGCGCCGGGCAAGGCGGCGUCGGAGCCGUGGGCGGCGGUGCCCACGGGCAGCGCCCUGAAGAGGUGGGAUCCAUUGCAGGGCCUCAGCUGUGAGGACUUCAUCUCGCAGUACAUUCACUACGCCCUGCAGGACCGAGUGCGACAUUUGCCCGAGCUCUCGGGGGAGGAGCUGGGCUGCUUGGGUGCGCACCACUUCGGGGACCAAGCAACUGAGCUUGCACGGCUUCUGGAGAAGAACCGCGCGGCCGCGCAGGCACCAGAAAUGGAGUCCUCCUGCAGUGCUACUUCACGGCCAGCAGUGAGCCUGCAGACCGCCGAGGCUCCCGCCCCCAAGUGCUCCAGCUUGCGCGCCGCGAUCGCCGCAAGCCAGCAGAAUGAGGAGGAGCUUCCAGUGAACCGGCGCUUCUCCCCAGAGGGGCGGCAGGCCUUCAUCCAGAAACAUGUCCAUCGAAAGCUGCAGAGCAGCGUCGCAGACCUCGACGACGAGGCCUUGUGGCUCUUGGGGCAGCUGCACUUCAGUGAUCAGCCCACGGAGCUUCCACGGUUUCUGAUGCCCAGACCCACAGGUUCUUUGCGGCCGACUGGUCCAGUUGGAAAGCAAGGUUACCAGGAAGCGGAAGUUCCGCUGCGGACGGAUCGCGCUCGCCACGUGGAAGGACGCCGCCCAGCGACCGACUGGUCUUCGGCCCCAAAGGCGGCUCCUUCGCCCGUUUUGUGGGAAGAGGUUCGAAGGCCGACUUCGACGCCUGUGGAGGGCCUUGCGGAGUGGUUGCAGACCCUGAACUUGGAGGAGUAUCAAGAGGCGGCCGAAGCGUGGUGCAGAGACAUGGGUGCCAUCUGGUUGACCGAGGUGCAAGAGAAUGCCGAGGCCAGUCUUCAAGUGCUAAGUGCAUCGUGCCGGGCCGUGGUGGAUGAGGGGUGAUGGUGGUGAGGGCCGCAAGGAGCAUUGCAGCAGCUUGUCGGGUAGUGUUGGUGGACAAGAACGUGAGUCAAUGCACUUCACUUUACCUGGUUUUGCUCAAGGUCAAUCACUUUCCUGGGAAUAUUUGCAAUUCUCGGUUCCUUAAGCAAAUUUAAGCUUAGACCUUCCAUUUUUGGUGGAAGGCCUCGGGGCUACCAACCUCUCUCUGAUCCCACUCACGCUGGGAGUUCAGCCGAGGAAGUGAAGAGAGCAGUGGGAGAUAGGUCACCGAACAUGCCGAACGUCCACUAGACCCUGCUUUGAUCUCUUCAUUCCUUCAAACGGAGGUCCCUUCUCAGCGGCGGUGGACCUUCCCCCAACCACGGGUGCGGUCAACGAGCGGGUCAAAGAUGGGGGCCAAGAUACCCGAUAAUAUUUGCACCA